GCCUAAUCCUUUUAACCUUGUUAGUAAAUAACUUGUGCUAAAAUUGCAAAUAUUAAAGUCUAAAUCGCUUUGAAUACAAAAUGGGAGUGAAUUAAAGAUUAAGAAUAAAAACAGCAUAUAAUUAUUCAACCGAGCUGUGUGUCGAAGUCAACAAUUAAUAGAGGAAUUGACUAGUUCAGACUCUGGCAAAAGUGGCCAGGUGCCUCUAUGAUUAUAAAAAAAUGGGAAAAAAGAUCUAAAAAUUCGAUUCCACUACACAAAUGGUAAUAAACAUAGUAGGACUCAUUUCAACAUUCUUAUACAUUAACACCAUUUUUGCCCAAAAGUUAAAUCCUUUUAUUUAUAACAAUCAAGAUAACUCCCUUAAACUUUACGGAUUAGAAUAUUUGGGACUUGGUUAUAACAUAAAAGAAUCUUCGCCUUUUGGAAAUGAUGAAGAUGACCCAAUUGACUUGGCCUACAAAGAACCCGUUAUUUCAUUUGAGAACGCUACCAGUUUAGUUGGAAAAGGAGCCGAAAUCAAUUUACCACUUGGCGUAUGGAUCCGAAAUGAAUCACUCUGUUAUAGAACUUCUUCGGUGAUAAAGUCAGAAGGUGAAAAGGUUGACUCUAGGAUAUUUACCGAGGAUAUAAAGAUAAAUAUGGUAAAUUAUGAACAUAAACUCGAAAAUAAGAGCUUGAACAAAUUAUUAACAAAAAAUAACCUAAGUAUUAAAAAAAUUAACUGCUCAAUACAUACCAGUGGAAUGAUUAUCUCAUAUCAGUGGAAACUUAAAAAAUCAAUUUCAAUACUUUUGAAUGACAUACAAAAUAAGCUGGUCAAAGACUCUGGACACACAUCGAAUAGUAAUCCACAAAAAAAUCAAAAAAAUAUCGAGAAAGAUUGGUACAAUAUAUUUAAUACUUAUGGUACUCAUGUGUUGACGAAGAUAACAUUAGGGGGUAAGAUAAUAGAGAUAAAUGCCGUCGAAGGAGGUCAAAAUAUCACCGAAAAUACUAGCAUAUUCGGAAGUAAACUCGAUAUAAACUUUUUUAAGAUGAGCUUAAAUUCUAAUUCUAAAGACAAGUUGCACGAUUUGGACAAAAAUAAGAGCGAAAAAAUUAUCAUUUUAGGAGGUAACGCCAUGACUACGGAUAGAAAAACGACUAAUAAUAAUGGAGAAAUAAAUUAUGACAAAAAAUUGGAUAAACAAAAAUGGGUUGAAACGAUUAAGUAUAAUCCUGUGCCAAUUAAAUUUGAACUGACUCCACUCUCGUAUUUUAUUUAUCAAAAUUUUUCCGAUGAAAAUUUAGUCAACUCAUUUCAUUAUUUUCUUAAACAGUAUUUGAAUUAA